CAUCUUGUCCGAACUCAUUUCUUUUUCAAACGACAAGAGCAUGUGCCCCUCCCAUGGAUCCCUUUCAUUUCUCCUACACCCACUCCCAUAAAAAUCAUUAAACAAACUUAACAACAACAACAACAGAAAAAAUCCAAAUCAGAAACGAACUCCAUUGAAAUGGCAUCUGCAACCACAAGGCUCAGUUUUUCUUUUCACCACUUAACACAACCUAACCCAAAGCCAAAAAAUCCUCACCUCUUUCACCUCUCCCACAAACUCCCCAAAACAAACAUCAAACCCCAAAGAAACCAACACCCCCACCAUUUCAUCAUUCAUUCCAUUGAUGUCUCAAAAGAAGACAGCCAAGAAACGCCAGCUUCAAACUCAGAAAACCAAUCGCAAGAACCGAGUGGUGAAGAAGAAAAGUUCGAUAAACGGAGGUUAGAGGAGAAGUUUGCAGUGCUGAACACGGGGAUAUACGAGUGCAGAUCAUGUGGGUUCAAGUAUGAUGAAGCGGUGGGUGAUCCUUCGUAUCCCAUACCGCCGGGGUAUCAGUUUGAUAAGUUACCGGAUGAUUGGAGGUGCCCUACUUGUGGGGCUGCCAAAUCUUUCUUCCAGAGUAAGAGUGUUGAGAUUGCUGGUUUUGCUCAGAAUCAGCAGUAUGGUUUGGGGGGCAAUACUCUUACCUCUGGCCAGAAAGCUCUCUUGAUUUAUGGAACUUUGUUCUUCUUCUUCGUGCUCUUCUUGAGUGGCUACUUUUUGCAAUAGGUAUCGAAUAAUGUG